UGGCGUGUGUGAGACAUUUCUGCAUAAUUUGUAAUCAAGACGAGAGAGACAAUCAAUUGAUCUGGCAUUUGUGCGAUGGGGGAAAAAUGUCUACAAUUUCAGCGCGAGUGUCUCUUUCUCAUAACACCCGAUCCAGCGAGUGUGAAGGACUUUUGGCGUGCACUUGGCGAAGGUGCGAUUUAGUUUCUCACGCGAAUGCUGGUUCAGUGCGGAGUGGCUUUUUCUGCGGUUCGGGUGCUUCAGCGCGAACGUGGGGCGAGUCAGUUAAGCUGGGAGCAAACACUCGCCAGAGUGAUUUACAAUUGGGGAGAAAUUAUCAUGGUGUGGCAUUGCCUGCGGGAUUAGAGUGGUUUGUUUGACAAAGAGAUGGACGCGGAGGUGAAGAUUGUGGAGGAGAGUCUGGGCGAGACAUCGAGUCAGGUGAAGAUAAGGAAUCCUUUCAAGUCGCUGCGCUUGCGGAAGAAGGAAGCGACGAGUGAAGAGGGCGCGAAGCCGCUGAAGAAGUCCAAGAAGAUCUCGAGGAACUUCGCCCUCCGCAGCGGAUUGGGCAGGAGGCGCAAGAUUGCCGACAAGCAGUCGACGGAGGGCUCGCGGCAGACGCCCGAAGGGGGCAAUCCGCUGACUGAUGUCACGUCACUGUCUGAUGCAAGUGCCGAGAUUGAGACGCAGAAAGCCCCUGAAGUCCCCAUCAGUACGGCUUCCAGUGAGCGUAUUGAGUUUCUCGACGACGAGAAACCCCACAGAGCGACUGUGGCGGAUCGGGUUUCCGUCUUUCAGCAGCACUCCAAGAAGUCCACCUCGACCAUUCGAUCGCGAAUCGCCAAGAGGUUCCACGUCAGCGAGGCGAAUUGCAUGCAGGAGUCAGAGGAGUCAUCCAAGGAGGCGGCAGAGGAGCCCAAGCGGGAGCCCGUGAACUUCGCCGUGGGCAGCGCCGUCACAACUCCGCCCAAUCUCGCCCAUCUGCGCCACAUCACGUCUCUGGAGAGCGACAGCGAGGAGCAGUCCGAGGAGAACUUCCUGCAGCAGCCCAAGAGCAGGAGUCCCUCCGGGGCGUCACUCAGGCGGAUCGCCUAUGAGCCUCAGGCGUCACAGGACGCCGAUACGGAGCCAGAAAUGCCAGCGCACGGGGACUUGAUUGCGGACAAUGUUGGGACAAAUAUGACGCCCAGUGGACAGACGAACGCGGGGAAGAAGGAGCAUCUCUACAAAAUCCUCGUGAUCGGCGAGCUGGGCACAGGAAAGACGUCCUUCAUCAAGCGCUACGUCCAUCAGUUCUUCAGCAACAACUACAGAGCCACAAUAGGGGUGGAUUUCGCCCUCAAAGUGAUACCGUGGGAUGAGAACACGAUCGUUCGGCUGCAGUUAUGGGACAUUGCCGGCCAGGAACGCUUCGGGAACAUGACGAGAGUGUACUACAAAGAGGCUGUCGGCGCGUUCAUCGUGUUCGACGUCACGAGAUCAGCCACUUUCGACGCCGUGGCGAAAUGGAAGCAGGACUUGGAUGCGAAGGUUCAGUUGCCGGACGGAAGCAACAUUCCCUGCGUGCUGCUGGCCAACAAAUGUGAUCAGGAGAAGCAGGGCUUCGUGUGCAACUCGGCGAAGAUGGAUGAAUAUGUGCGAGAGAACAAAUUCACGGCGUGGUUCGAGACGUCUGCCAAGGAGAACAUCAACAUUGAGGAGUCAGCAAAAGCGCUGGUGACGAAAAUCCUAAUCAACGAUAAGACAAUUGUGGCCGAUCCGGCGGACGAGGAGAAGGUCUUGCUCACAAAUUCAACCCACUCAGCGUCCAAAUCGUGUGCCUGCUGACUUUAUCUUGCCCACUUAAUAUCCUCCCAGAGAACGUCCAUUGUGAGAUUUAGCAGAAGUCUUUUAUUGUCGUCAGAGAGAGUGAAAACAUUGCCGCAAAAUAUUUCCAUUUAUUGAAAGAGAGAGAAAGAGAUUGUCUUAUAUAUUUGAAGAAAGCAUGUUUGUAUACUACACAAGUACAAAAUUAUAUUAGGAGAUGCGCGGAAGGACAUUCAAUUUUGCGGAGAAUGAUAGAGAGAGAGUCUAUUUUGUCGUUGGAAUCUCGUGAUUAACAAUUUGGCUUUGGAUUUAUUGGGCUGUUAGGCGAAGAGAGAAACACAUUUUUCUAUAUCUUUAUGUGAGAAAAUACUCUGUAAUAUUGUUUUUCACACACACACGAGGGAGUCUUUUGCGAGCCUCUGGACGGGCGAAUCAAUAUUCUGUUUUCUCCAUCCAAAGAGCCGGUAUUAAAGAAGCUGAGGCAGAAUGCCCUCGAAAUCGAUUGGCUCCGCACACUCGUGCAUAUCCAAGCAUCAUUGCAAAAAUCGUCCACGAGGCGUUUGAAGUAACCAUUUUUUUAUAUAUAUAAAAUAGCAUUUUUAUUUAUAGCACGUCACACAAUACAAGUCUUUUUCUCCAGAAGAUGACUUUUUUUUCUGCCGUAUUUACCGACAUCGCGAACUGAGCAAAUGUUUAUAUAUCAGCAAAGAAGAAAGAGAGUAAUUAAAUUAAGGCUAUGUAUUAACUUGUCUCACAGCAAAUAAAGCAUUUUAGAGG